CUUUCCUCUCUUAUAUCAUUUUAAUUUGCAACACUUCUUUUUCAGCUUGCUAUAUCUACCCUCAUCAUUCUAUUUACAUUAGCUAGCUCUUAUAUCUUUUAGUUUUUUUCUUUCUUAAUUAUUGAAGAUGCUACUUAGAAGCUCCUCAGCUCCAAUUCUAGGUUCAUUGUUACUCUAUAAUUCCAAAGAGUGUUCUCUUGAGCCAGAACAUACUCUUAAGCUACCAUUUUUAAGCCUAAGUAAAAAAUUGGCUAAGAUAGACCUUAAAAACUCGUUAAGUCCUAAGAGAACAAUUCUUGUGCCAUGUAGUAAUGUUCUAACAAAUAUUAAAGAAAGAAAUGAAGUGAAAGAUGCUAAGAUGGUGCAAAAUUCAAUUAUUGGUGGGGGUAUGGGGAGUAAUGGUGGAUGUAAAGGUGGUGGAAGAGGGUGGAAUUUGAAUGAAGGAAAUAAUCAUGGUAGAGAUAGGAUAGAUACUUAUUACAAGAACAUGAUUCAAGCACACCCUUGUGAUGCUCUUUUGCUUGGAAAUUAUGCAAAGUUUUUGAAGGAGGUUUGUGGAGAUUAUACUAAAGCAGAGGAGUAUCUAGAAAGGGCAAUUUUGUCUAAUCCUGGUGAUGGUCAUAUUCUAUCCAUCUAUGCAGAUUUAAUAUGGCAAACAGAUAAGAAUGUUGGUCGAGCUCAAGAAUAUUUUGAUCAAGCUUUUGAAAGUGCCCCAGAUGAUUGCUAUGUCUUGGCUUCAUAUGCUAAUUUCCUUUGGGAUGCUGAAAAUGAAGAAGAUAAUGACUACCAAAUUAAAUCCGAUCACAGCCAUACAUAUCCAACUAGUCUCUUUCAAGAAACCAAACAUUGCCCUCCUUUAACUGCAGCCUCAUAAGCCUUAACCCUGUCUCUUGAGUUAAAGUGGCUAUGUGGAUAAAUUGCAUGACAAAUAUUGAAGCAUAUUGUCUCCAAUAAUUAUUGGGAGUUGGUCUAAUAGCAAUGAGUAUCAACUGUAAAUAGAUUUAUUAUGAAUUAUAAAAAAAAAGUUAUUUAUGCA